AUGGCGGAUGAUGGUAUGCUUUUAAAUUUUGAGCUGGGAUCUGAGCCUCUCAAGACCCAGGUCAAAUUCAAAGGCGGAAGAUGGAGAGACAGGAAGCGUGCUGAAAAGAGCGCAAAGUUGGCGCAGUCUGGCUCAUCUGCCACCGGACCACAGAACGAUGAGGACGACUUCAGAUCGUCAAAACGACAACGAGUCCAUGGCGAUGCCUCUGGAAACUAUGCGAGUUACAGACCAGGUCCUCGACCUGACCGGUUCGGGCACGAUAACCCUGCCAACGACAGUCCCGGCCAGCACAAAUCGGACCCAGCGACCAAGGGCAAUCGCCAGGUCAUCUCACGACUCUUCUCGUUCAAUCCAAGCCAGACGACCGAAAAUACCAAAGAUGAAGAGGAAUGGAAAGCACCCCAGCCGACCAAUGCACCACUUACGGACGUUGCCAAUUUCGGUUCACUCACGAUCUCCUCGAGACUCGUCGAUGCUUUGGCCAAGAUGAACCUCGAGCGUCCGACUGCCAUUCAACAAAAGGUGAUCCCGCACAUGUUGUCGAAUAGCGGUGAUGCUUUCGUCCAAGCAGAAACUGGCUCUGGAAAGACGUUUUCUUAUCUCCUCCCCAUAUUGCAUCGAGUUUUGAUGCUCAGCGGCCAAGGUGAUGGCAAACAAAUACACCGAGAUUCCGGCCUUUUCGCAAUCAUCGUAUCGCCUACCCGUGAGCUUGCGAAACAAACACAUACAGUGCUUGAGCAGCUGAUCAGACCUUUCCCGUGGCUCGUCUCAACCGCAAUUUCUGGUGGAGAGUCAAAAAAGGCCGAAAAGGCAAGAAUUCGAAAAGGUGUCAACUUUCUGGUUGCUACGCCCGGACGGCUUGCUGAUCACAUCGACAACACAAAGGCUCUGAACAUGGGAACAGUUCGCUGGCUUGUUCUCGACGAAGGUGAUCGACUGAUGGAUUUGGGCUUCGAGGAGGAUUUGAAGAAAACUAUCGACGCUCUCAAAAAGGUUCCCAUUGUCAAAUCUACUGAGAACGGGGCAUCCCUGGACGGCCUGCCGGAGCGCCGUGUCACAGUACUAUGUUCAGCUACGAUGAAGAUGAAUGUCCAAAAGCUGGGAGAAAUGAGUCUUGCAGAUGCCACUUUCUUGGCCGCCGAAAAGAGCGACGACGAUCCGACCAACGAGGAGAUUGUUCACAAAGCUCCGGCUCAACUACACCAAACAUACAUUGUCGUCCCCUCGAAGCUUCGCCUGGUCACACUCACAUCGUACCUCAAAUCGGUCUUUUCUCGGCGCGGACGCACCAUGAAGGCCAUCAUCUUCAUGUCAUGCGCAGACACUGUCGAUUUUCAUUACGAAAUCCUCCGCAACCCUAACGAGACGGAGUUGCCGGCCACUGUACAAAAGGAGAAGGAGCUCAUUGAGAAGACGGUUUCCAAGGCUGCCUACAUCACGUCUCCCGCAAGCCCAGACGUCAUCUUACAUAGGAUGCAUGGUUCGCUAUCUCAACCGAUCCGAACAGCAACCCUGAAAGCCUUCUCGGCUUGCAAAUCACCAUCCCUGCUCAUCACCACGGACGUCUCAUCUCGAGGCUUAGACAUCCCAUCCGUAGACUUGGUCAUUGAGUACGACCCUGCAUUUAGCUUCGCCGACCACAUUCACCGCGUGGGACGAACCGCUCGUGCUGGCAGAUCCGGCGACGCCACACUCUUCCUCCUCCCUGGAUCCGAGGAAGGCUACAUUGAGCUGCUCAAAUCGUCAGCGCCCCCGUCAUCACAAUCAUAUGAAAAUAUUCUCAAGACGGGAUUAAUGAACAAGCUAGAAUUCCCGGUAGAAACGUCCGCCACCCCCACAGACGGACAAUCAUAUCACGACAAGGCUGAAUCGCUUCAGCUUCACUUUGAGCAGCGCCUGCUCAACGACACCAGACGCCUGGAACUCGCUCGCAACGGCUUCAAGUCUCACAUCAGAGCCUAUGCAACGCACAUCCGCGAGGAGCGAGUUCACUUUGACAUCACGCAGCUUCACCUUGGACACGUUGCGAAAAGUUUCGGUCUGCGUGACCCCCCUGGCGGCAUUGGCGCAGGCAUCGACCGCAAGGCCAACAAGAAGAAGGGCUCGUCCAACUCCAAGGAUCGCCACUCUUCUUCCAAGGACAACGACACAUCAUCAGCGGCUGUGGACCAGAGACCAGCCAUGGAUAUUAUUAAGCGGAAGAGCAUGAUGUUGAUGAGUAGCGCCGCGGAUGAGUUCAACAUUGGUUGA